UCCGAUUUGGGUGCACAUAGUUCGUCCGUAUUUGUUUUUGUUGCACAUCAAGUUUUCGAGUGUUGUAAUUUGAAAUUACUCUGUGGGAGUUAAAAUUUACCGAGAAAGUUGUUUCUGAGAAGCCUUGAGUUGAAAAUGCAGUGCCAGAGGAACUGGCAGAGUGCAGCGGCUCAUAGCGGUACAAGGGCGAAACAGAACAGUCAUCGGAGCAACUCCCGCUAGGCAGCAUCACAGCAGUGUCCCGUUCCCGCCAUUCGCCGUAGCAGCAGUAGCGCAUACUACGUAGUCAGGUGCAGUCUGCCGCAGUGUUUGGUUGAGUGAAGAUCUCGUGUUCUAAUUUUUACAUGAUGUCGGGCACCGGUAGUGGAAUUCCAGAUUUUCCAAUCGUAGUGUUAACUUUCUUCGUUGGGCUUACAGUAUUUGCUGUAGUUUAUAUAUCGAAGUUGCUUAAAGCACCUGCAGCUGAAGAUUCAACAAAACGUAAAGAAACCGAGGUAACGAAGAAAGAAAAACCAGCAGCAAAUGUAACACAAAAGCCCAGCAAGAAGAAACACCAGGAAAAGUGGACCAGAGAUUCCAAGCAAACUUUUUCUCAUCCGUGGCUGUUAACAUCACUAAAAGGACAUAGUGGAACUGUCUUAGAUAUGGAUUUCAGUAGCAACGGGAAAUAUCUUGCAACUUGUGCUGAAGAAGACUCUGAAGAGCUUGAUCCUGGUGGAGAGGGCAGUGAGCAAGGCAGUGGCAACAGCAGUGGAAGUGAAGCCAACAAAGAGAACAGCCCUCAGGGCCAAACAGAUGGCAACCAGAAAGGUGCUUUGCUAACCCGUCGGCAGAAGAAGAAUCGCACACGUCGAAAUGAUGGGUCUCCUCUGCCUCGAAACAACAUUGCAGCUAAGAAGAGCAAAGCAAAAGCCCGGCGCUCUGGUGGUGUCGAUAGCAGUGGGAAGCGGAAUGGAGCUCCAACACUUCGCCAACAUGCGAAGCUGAAUUUGUCGGACAGUGACCUUUCAGUGCUUCUUAGACAUUACCUCCUCAGCCCUGACCAACUACUUGGGUUGGGUUAUCCUGUUGAGAGUGCCUUGUACCCAGGGAGAGCAAUAAUUUACAAAAAUCCGCCAUCCAGUUCUAAUCCCAAUAGCAGCAAUGUGUCUUCCUGUAUGCAAAGUCCAGACCCCCUCAGGAGUUCAUCUCAUUUGUUUGAUGUGAAUGCACGUGAGUUUGUGCCUAUGAGUGCAAGAUUAGGAAAAGAGCCUUGUUGUCUAAAAGAGGACAAUGUGCAUGUGAAGAAUGAGAAUCUAAAAAAUACCGUUUUAAUUACGGAUUUUGUGAAAAAAGAUCAGCCUGGGAUGGACUACAGUGAAAUAGGUGCUGAAUGGGAUGCCAGCCACAGUACAAAAAGUGAAAAAAAUUCCCUUAGUACAGGCAGUGAUGGUGACAGUGCUGACAGUGGUAUCAAUAGAAGUGGUGGUGAAGAAGGGAGCAGUAGUGCCUCACAGGAAGCUUCAGAUGUUGACGGUGUCAUUGAAGAGGAUCAGGGAAUUGUUCCUGAAAUAAAGCAGUCCACUGUGAACAGCAGUGAAAGAAAACACUUAUCAAAAGUAGCAAAAGCAGAAAAACUGUGUGUGAGUGAGGAGAAGAAAUGUGUUCGUUGUGGUCGUGGUUUUUUUGUAACAGAAGAUGGUGAAUACUUAACACAAGAGCAUUGUCUCUACCACUGGGGUAAGCUGCAAAGAGUUGUAAGUGCACCAUCAAAGGCGUCAUCAAUGUCUUUGCGUAUGGAAUACAGCUGUUGCCACGGAAAGCCUAGCAGCAAGGGAUGCACAACAGCAAAACUACAUGUGUGGAAUGGUGUGGGGGUAGGCAUUAAUGGACCGUUUGAUAGUUAUGUUCGGACCCGCCCACGGAGAACACAUCCUCCGGAUGGAAAUUAUGGUGUGUAUGCUUUGGACUGUGAGAUGUGUUACACAACACGUGGCCUUGAAUUAACAAAAGUUACUGUUGUUGCACCUGAUGGACGUCUUGUGUACGAUUGUUUGGUGAGACCAGAGAAUUACAUAAUAGACUACAAUACUCGGUUCUCUGGUAUCACAGCUCGUGAUCUCAAUAGGCGUGGAGCAACCAAGUCCCUGAAAGAUGUGCAGAAUGAUCUGAUGGGCUUCAUAAAUGCCGAUACCAUACUCGUAGGUCAUGGGCUUGAAAAUGAUCUUCGUGCCUUACGCAUUAUACACAGCACUGUGAUAGACACUUCAGUGGUUUUUCCACAUUAUUAUGGAUUGCCUUACAGACGAUCAUUAAAAUCUUUAGUAGGUUGUUUACUUAAGAGGGAUAUACAGCAAGACUCGUCAGGACAUGAUAGUUUUGAAGAUGCAAGGGCUUCCAUUGAAUUGAUGCUGUGGAAGGUCAGAAAAGAUUUUAGAGCUGUUUUAGAAAAAUAGUGAGAGUUAAUCAGUGCCUCUUUUGUAAUGGUUUCUCACAAGGUGACAAAUGCCCAGAGUGCAUAGAACACUUUGCAACUGCUCAAUUUUCAUGUUAAUGGAAACCUUCUAAGAACUGUACUUAACUUCGUUACACCAAUAUUUUGGAGGCUUUCUUUGAGCAAUUAGUGAGAAUAUAAUGUACACUGAAAUAGAUCUGAAAGUGCAUUAUCUAGUUGACUGUUCGUGAAUGCUUGCAUUUGAAUUUGUUGCUGUGAGAUAUGCAUGCAUUCCUUGAUUCUAGUCAGAUUUUUGUUCCUUUUAAUGCAGUUGUGCCAUUUUACUUUGGUCAACUGAUUUCUAUGAAUAUAGAUAAAUUCAUUCUUUUAUUAUACUGCCAUUCAUUUUUGUAGCAGCUGUGAAGUGUAAUAUAAAUUGCAUAGCUAAUUGGCAAAUAUUUUAUGUACUGUGAAAAGUCUUUGUCACACUUGUUCUGAAAUACUUUUUAAAUAGGCUGUGGGUGGGAAACAGUAGUUUCAAUUUUUCAGAAAAGUAUUUGCAAAAUUUGUAUAACGUUUUCUUUUAUAUCAGAUUUUCUUGAGAACAGACUGUUGGAAGAUGUCACCCCCCACAUUUUUUGUCGAGGCAGUGUUCAUUCCUUGUCUGUGAUUGAUAUAGAUUUUUGAGCUGUGUUGUGUAUGCACUUAAAAAGACUGUUGUGAGUGAGAAGCACACUUGAGUGUGUAAUGUUUUUCAGUUCCAUUGUUACGAAGUGACCAUUAUUUAUAUUGUGUGAUUUGUUGGAUUUUGUAGUGAAUGGAACUUUGUGUGAUUCUGUUUUGUAGAAUGUUUGUGUUUUUCGUGGCAGCAUUUGAGAAUAAGUUGUUACAAGAAGUUGCUAGCUCUGAAUUGCCACCUCGUUAAUCAAUCAUUUAUUGACAGAUGUGUUCGUCUGUCUGAAGCAAGUAAGAGGCAGCAACUGUAGCUUGUUAGUACAAAAACUGUUAUGCAGAAAUUUGAAUGGGAAAAAAGCAGUCAUCUUUUUAUUAUAAAGUUGUUUUAUAGUAUGUUGGAAGAUCAUUCUUUGAAGCUGUGUUUAUUCUGUAUCAAUCAAAUUUAGGUAUCACACAGCUGGCAGAAAUGACUGUUUAGCUUGUAAUAGAUUGUAUGUGUGAAAUAAUUUGUGUAAUUUUGUCAGUGAUGUGUUAAAUUAUUUAUUUGUAAGUUGUUUUGAAGAUCUGCAUUUUUUAUGUUUUCACCUUAUGUUGAACCAAAACAGUAUUCUUGAGGUCUUGAUGACUGCACAUGAUACUUUGCUGGUCUUUUGUUUGGAAGGGCCUGCCAUUUGAGUUACUUUGUAUAGGACGAGAGUAUCUUUGAUACUCGACAGUUGCUAGGGUUUCCAGUUAUGUAAUGGGAGAAAGGUUGUUAAUUCUUAGAUAUUGUAAAUUGUCAUAUAAAACUUUUGUAGUUUUAUUGGCAGAUGUGUAUUUUUUCCAUUUAUUAUUCUGUUCUGGUUGGAAAAAAACUUGUAUGUAAAGUCUUUUCACCAAUUUUUGUACGAUUAAUAAAAAUUUGCAUUUAAAAUUA